GAGGCUGUGAUGAGAUUCUCAGAAGUGCAGAGUUCAACAGGACGCCGGGUUUGCCCUAAACUGGCCGAAUUUCACUCACUUUGUUACUAAUAGCUGACUUGCAAUGGCCACACGCUGGGGAAUAUGCAGUGCAGGCAAAAUUAGUCAUGACUUUUCGGUUGCUUUACGGACACUGUCUCCGGAAGACCACGAGAUAGUGGCUGUUGCAGCGAGGGACCUACAGCAUGCUGAAGAAUUUGCCAAAAAGCACAACAUCCCUCGAGCAUAUGGAAGUUAUGAUGAGUUGGCAAAUGCUCCAGACAUCGAUGUGGUGUAUGUUGGCACCAUCCACCCGUACCACCUGACUGCUGGCAAGCUCUUUAUGAAGUCUAAAAAGAAUGUGCUGAUUGAGAAGCCUUUGGCCAUGAAUUCAAGGGAGGUGGAGGAACUCAUCACUGCAGCCCGAGACAACAGUGUCUUUCUCAUGGAGGCAAUUUGGACGCGUUUCUUUCCUGUAUCCCUUGAAGUCAGGAGACUGCUAGGCCAGGGUGAGGUGGGUGAAGUUCAGAUGGUGAGGGCUGACCUCGGGGCUCCGCUCACCCACAUUCCUCGCUUUUCUGAGAAGAAUCUGGGAGGGGGGGCGCUGCUGGACCUGGGCAUCUACUCUCUGCAGUUUAUCCUCAUGGUUUUUAAUGGGGAGAGGCCUGAGUCCAUCCACACCACAGGGCAUUGCAUAGACACAGGUGUUGAUGGAACAGCAGUUUUGGUCCUAAAGUUUUCUGGAAACAGACUUGCCAUUUCCACUUGCUCAAUCACCAUGAUGCUGAGCUGUGAAGCGGUUAUCACUGGGACCAAAGGCACCAUUAAGGUACCCAAUAAUAUGUGGUGCCCAACAUCCUUGGAACUGAAUGGGAAGGAGAUGCAGUUCUCCCUGCCAGAGCCUGGCAUGCCACUCAACCUCAAAAACAGCACAGGUCUACGAUAUGAAGCGGAGGAGGUCCGCCACUGUCUGCUGAAAGGAUUGAAGGAGAGUCCGGGGAUGCCGUGGGCUCACUCCAGCCUGGCGGCAGAACUUAUAGAUGAGGCCAGAAGACAGCUGGGAGUGACAUAUGAGCAGGAUAACAUCCAGUGAUGCCUCUCAUUGACAGCUAGGGACUUGUUCUUCAGCAUGCAGAAUCACAAAAUCGGAAAAAAGUUCCCUCUUGGAUUCAGUUCACAAAAUACAAAUCUAGUAGGGGUCAAAAAUUUUAAAAAACAUUCUCUACCAAAUGGUCGAUUUGGCUUUUUAUGGUAAAGGUGUAGAAGGUAAGCUACUGUUAUUAAAAAAUGACUAUUUGCUAAAAUACUAAACUAAAUAAA